AUGGAUCCAAGCGAGUUGAAUUCUCCUCCUGUAGUAGCGAGCCCAGAAGACGAGCAGUUCUCCCCAACCAAUGCAUCGAGAUCGACAAAACCAGCACGGAGGUCUCGUGUUGCUCUUGCAUGCCAAAGAUGCAAACAACGAAAGCAAAAGUGCAACGGCAGUCAGCCUACCUGUGCCAGAUACAUGAGGCUCGACCUUGAAUGCCAUUAUGUAAUGCCAACCACGCCAAAGCCUGGUCAAGCUCGGACUUAUAUCAAAGCUCUUGAGGACAGGGUUGCAGAGCUAGAGAUGCUGCUCACUCAGAAUGGGAACAUUGCUGUCUCUCAUGAUCACUGGAACGAGGGGCCAGAGGAAUUGGAGAGCGACGAGCAAGAAGACAUCGAACCACUUCUCAAUGCUGUCCGAGAUUUAUCUUUGGAUGUUGCGGGGUCGUAUGUUGGCGGAGCAUCAACGAUCACUCUAGGACGCGCUUUGGGGACCGCGUUGGCGGGCAAGUUGCAGUUUGUCGUCCCUGAAAUAGGUGCCCAGAGGGAGAAUGCCAGACCACUGCGUACGAGUUCAAUCGCAAGUGAGGUAAGCUCACUACCAAGUGGCAACGGCUUUCACAUCAGUCAAGUUCAUGAUGAUGCUGCGGAAAGGAUGGUCAAGGGCUAUCUGGGCCAUCUUUGCACAAAUUUUCCUAUUAUGUACUCAUAUUCCAUCGUGGAACUCAACAACAGGCGGCAUAAUUUGAAGGACAUCUACGAAGAGAGCAUCUUGAACUUAAUGUAUGGGCUGGGUGGACAUUUCCUUGAAAAGACAGGAGACCCAACAGGUGUAUAUUUCCCCGAGAAACAUUAUGAGGCCGCGUUCGAUAACCGAGAGGUUAUCUUACGAUUCGGAGACACUCGUUCACUCACCUAUCUAAUGCUACUUGUCCAACACUGUCUACGAAUGCCAAAAGAUCCAGGACCCUGGACAUUUAUAGGUCUGGCAAUGAGAAUGUGCAUUGAACUUGGAUUGCAUAGACAGAAGCGAUCUUCAAAGGUGUCAUUGAGAUCAGAACUUAACAAACGUCUUUUCUGGUGCUGUUACUGGUGGGAUCGCGAGAUAACCAUCGCACUUGGCAGGCCACCUUCUAUAUCUGACCAUGACAUUGACGUCGAGCUGCCAUCAGACAUCGAUGAAGCGAAUCAAGACGUGGAAGUAUUGAGAAGGGCUGCGAACGUCGAUAAAUCUGCCCCAGCAUAUCCACAAACCACAAUGUCGACCUUCAUCCAUAUCCUACGGCUCAAGAAAAUCGAAUCAGACAUCCAACAUAUCAUCUACAGAGUGGAUCGUCCCAGCGCUUCUAAAUCUAUUCACCAAUCGACAGACUUGUUCCUCGAGAGACUUUAUGCCUGGAGAGAUGCCAUUCCGCCACAGAGUAAGCAAUGGGGCCCUGCAGAUCGGAAUAAAUUUCGAGGUGACGAGUACAUGAGUUAUGAUUCUUAUAUGGCUUCAUAUCACAAGAGCGUUCGAGUUCUACUCCAACCUCGCCUCUACGAGCAGAACAUCGACCAACGAUACUUGGAUCUCUGCGCAGAAGCCUAUCGUGGAGUAUGCCAGACAUACAAAAGAUUGCAUCAGAGAAUACCACUCGCGUUUACUUCGGUAUCUCUGCAAUCGGUGUUUCUUGCAGGCCUUACGCUCGUCUACUGUAUGUGGCAUGAUCACAGUCAUAAUGGCUUCAAGAACUUUGGCGCCUUGACCGACUGCAGCAUAAUUCUCUAUGUCAUGGCCGAACGCUGGCCCGCUGGACGCAAAUAUCGUGAUUUAUUUGAGUCUGUUAAGAAGUCAGUUCUGGAUGUAAUUUCAGAAGAGAAGCAUGUCCCGAGAAUGGCGGUGGUGAAUAUGAAGGAUGAGAUGCAGACUAGUCUGCAUGGAUUGCAAACUAACCCGUCGACUGAGAUGGAGACGGUACAUGACGAUUUGGACCAGAUGAUUAGUGAUAUGACUGGGGAGCAACUGUUUUCUUGGGAAGAUAAUGAGAUUGAUAUGAUUAUGGGAGUUGAAGAUGGGAAUGGAAUGGGCUUCGCUGGCCCGGUAGAUAUGUUUGAUGAUAUGCUUGAGAAUGUCGACCCGGGAUGGGAGAACACUAUUUAGGUCUGUAGGAAUUAAU